UGAAAUAAUGAGACUUCGUUGAAUAAAUAUUAAUAAUAAUAAAGUAAUUAAAUGGUUUUAACUUAAAAAAAAUUGGAACAUAAUUAAAAAAAAAAACAAUGUAAAAUUAAUUGAAAUACCUAUAAGCAAAAACAGGAAAUAUAAAAAUUUAAAUUAUUAUAUAAUCACAAAAAUAAAAUUUUAUAAAAAAUGGCAAACAAGUAAAAAAAAGCAAUAUUGCGAGGUUGUAUUACAAAAAUUACAUAAAUAGCUUUCAAUUAAAUACCAAAAAUUAAAUAAAUAAAUUAAAAUAUAAAAUACAUCUUUAUAAUUUAUAUAACUUAGUGUUAACCAAAUUAAAAAAAAAUAUUAAACAUGUAAAUAAUAAAUUAUAAUGCAAUAUAUACAUAAAACAAAUUAAAAAAUAUACGCGAAUUAAAUAAAAGGUUAUUUCCACUUUUCAAUUUCAAAAAAGCAAUUUUUUUACGAUAUGUAUAUACAAUGUUUGUACAUAUAUUUAAAAAUGUUCUGCAAAAAAUUGAAAUGAAUCCGCCAAAUAGAUUCAUAGAUGAAAGUAUUUGUAAGAAUUUGUUAAGUGUAGACGGCUUCCAAAAAUUUAAGCUCUUUUUUCUCGAUGCUCUGUUUUCAGAGCCGAUGAGCAAAAUUUCUCCAAACCGUUUAGAAAUUUUCACACGAUCUUGAAUAUAUUUGUCAGGUAAUGAUCGAAAAAAUGAGAUUUUUUAAAGUAACUUCGAUUUUUUAACCCAGUUUUGAAUUGUCAAUUUUUUUCACAAAAAAAAAAAAUACUUUAUUUAUUUUCAUAGUUAUUAAAAUAUUUUCAUAGUUAUUCAAAAAACAAAAAAAAAGAACACUAAAAUUCUAUAUAGACGGUCAUAAAAACUCGAAACUCCAGAAAUAAGAUAAAUUUUUGUUUGGAGGUUUUAACUAAAUAUAAAUAUUAUAUUUUAUCUCAUGUUUUAUUUCCAUAACGCAUUGUAUCUGAAAUAAAAACUUUCUAAGCUAGCUGAUCAGGUUUUUCAUAAAACUUUUCACAUUUCCUGUCGAAAUAUAUAUUUAUUGAAUUCCACAAGUGGCAUGCACUUUUUGCCAAAAACUCUACCCUAAGGUUCUACACAAGAAAAAUGUCGAUAACGGAUAACUGCGGACGAUCAAAUGGCCAGUUAAUUUCCUCUACCAUCUUGAGAUUCCAUCUUAUGCAAAGAACUUGUGCGACAUUAUAAAGAAACUUUAGAAAUUUUAUAGUUACUGUGUUGAAACCCAAUUAAAAAAUAAAAAAUAAAACAACCAAGACUAGACGGUUGUCUCAGAUUCAUAUAUUAAAAACAUAAACUAAGCUAUAAAAAAAUCAGGUAUUCAGCUAUCCACGGCCCAUAGACAUCUUCAUGAUUAUAAAUAAUUUGUAAACCCACACAGCUUUAUCUACCGUUUUCACUACAGUCAAAGAUUCGUAUAUUCUCGCUUACGUGUGUAAGAGAUCCUUGGAGCAAUUUGAAUCGAACCAGUAACUGGUAUAAAUACAAUAAACUGGCAUAAUCAAAUAUAGUGUAAUAUAAUUCCCAAAUAGUCACUUGUAUUGAAUACAACUGAAUAAUUUUGUUUUUGCUUUUGAAUAUAACCAUCUGUAACCAGGGGUAGGACUUAAUCAGAAAAGUAUCGAAUCGAACAGCCAAUUUCAAUGAUAUUAUAUUAACAUUAAAUUUUUCCUUUAAGCUUUUAGUCUCAUGCUAAAAGUCUACGUAAAAUUGUAUAAUGCAAUAUUUUAUGAUAAAUCAUAUUUCGUAUACAUCUCAAGUAUGAAACAAAAAAUUUAUGUUGCUGAUAAAUUUGAAUCUCGCUCACCGGUUCUCAAUGCCAUAAAGGUAUUAUGCGUACUAGAUAUUUAUUUAACUUACUUGACUUUUGUGCUUAACCUGGCAUAUAAAUAAUCAUACAUUACAUUCGUCUAUAUAAAAUGUGUGUAAAUAUGUACAUAAAAAUGCGGUCCAAGUCCACACCGACCCAUUUUAUAGACCUUAAUCUUAAACUAAAUAAACUUUGUAUGCAAAUACAAGUAUAUACAUACAAAUUAAGUAAACACGCUUGCAAAUCGUUAGCAACAACAAAAACAUAAUUGCUUUACUUAAAGCAAUUAAAUAAAAAUGACGCAGAUAAUAAAAAUAAAUAAAAACACUUUAAAUGCACGCAGUUGUCACUUCCAAAGCAAAGGUGCCAAGAUCGAUUUGUUUUUGUUUUAGUGACGGCUGGCGGUGCGAAAGUCGCCAAAAUCAUGACAAUAAUUUAAAUGAAUUAGCAGCAACAACUGUGUGUCAUGGCUUGGCAGCGGCCGCACAGUUGAAUACUGUAGGAAAUACCGCAAAGUGAUAGCUGAACAAUGUAGAAGCAAAAAUAUCUAUUUCGGAAAGUGUUUCGAGGCAUAAAAUUAUACGCACAUACACAUACUUGCUUACGUGUGGUACUUGGUAUUGUUGGUAUUUUUAGAGCGUAUUUGUCACAAGGCUAGAAAGUGCUUUUAAAGCAGACAAAUUAUAAUGUUGAUGAUGCAGUUGCCACAAAUAGACCUUAAUAGGGUGUUUAGACAUGAAAUAUUGUGCUUUCUAGAGUUUAAAUAAUUGGAAUAAUUUGUAAGGUGAAAAAUUUUAAUAUUUUAUAAUUUUAAUUUUUUAAUAAGAGAGGGGGAUUUUUAUCUACUACACUACUACAAGUCAGAUAAAAAUUAAUUAUAAAAUAAAAAUGUACAUUUAGAGAAUUUAAUGUAAUUUAAUAAUCGACGAUUGAUUUUGAAAAAAAUGUAAUUCCUUUAAUGUCGUUGUCUAUCUCUAAGAGGAAAUCCGAUAAAAAGUGUCUGACGGUGAGGAAACAUUAUCUGCCUAAAAUUAAUCCCAAUACAAAAAAAUAGAUGAAAAUGAUUGAAGAACUAAUCAAAAUUUUGACAAAAUGGCGGUUUCCCAAAAAAGUGGGUUUUUGUGAAAAAAUGUGCAACUCAGGGUGUCCUAAAAAUUCGAAAUUUUAUUCAAAAAUCUCAUUCCUUCGAUUAUUACCUGACAUUUCGGAGAAAUUUUCCUCACCGGCUGUGAAAACAGUGAUUUGAGAAAAAAGCGUUGAAUGUUUUGGGAGCCGAUUACACUGAGCUAUAAAAAUUCUUACAAAUACCCUCAUAUCUACGAAACUAUUUGCCGAUUCUAAAAGACCUACUCCGAAAAAAGUAUUAGCACAACUAUACGUCUAAAGAAACCACCCAUUAUAAGCACAAAAAAAAUUGCUUUUUUGAAAUUCUAUGUGAAUAUACCCCUUAAAACAAAACAAAAAUAAUAUGAGAGGGCUAGUCAACAUUAUUUAUGCCGUUUGCCAAAAAUUGGGCCAAGUGCACUCAAAUCGUAAAUCACUAAACAAAAAAAUAUGUUUAUCAAAACUUAAUGCCAUAUGAAAAUUAAUUGAUGUUUUGCAAUUUUUUUAAUUGUAUAUAAAUAUAUGCGUCCACACGUCUAGGAAGCACUUUCUUCUCUGACGAUUUUUGAAAAUUUCAAACUCAUAUACAAAUUCAUAAUAAAAUAAUGCUUUUAUACACAAGAAAGUGUGUCCAAAUUUUACCUGAGAAUAUGCACAUAAUUAUCUGAGUACCUACAUGCAUAUACAUAUACUUAUACAUAUUUACAAGUUGGGGAAAAAUAUUUACCAGCCAUAUUCGCAUGAUUCUCGCACACGAAAUUAGAUGCGCUGCCCACUAAAAACAGCUGUCCAACAAACAGCCGUUUCAAUUCGGAUUAUAGAGAUAUGUUGAUAUGUAUGUGUAUGUCUGUAAAUAUGUAAAAGUACGUCAAGCGACAAAUACAAAUUACAAUAAAUAAUAAUAAAAGUCCGCCACACGCUGUAGGCCGCAACAACCCUGCCGCUAAAGACGACCAACGGCAUGAAUAAAAGCAAAAACAAAUUCAAAUUAAAAUAAAAGCUAAAUGAUUUGCUCAGAUUUUUCGCUAUUCACUGACAUUAUAGAACUUUAUUUUCUUUCAAAAUUUGUUUAUAUGUGUAAAUCCUUUAGGCAGCCAAGUGUAGCCAGCCGCUGAGUAAAGCUUCGCCGUGCACUUGCCAGCUUCUGUUCCGGCAUUUGAAAAGCUAACAAAAGAACAAAAAAGAAAUACAAAAAUAAACAAAAAAAAAUGUUUAAACAAAUUACACAUUUGCAAAAAUAAAAAAUAAAAAAUACAAAUAAAGCGCACACACAAACGCACUCCACGAGAGUCAUGAAGAGUAAAUGAGAAUGGUGCUCCACAAGUGGAGCGAUCUCGCCGAGUUGAGAACGCUGCUAGGCUAGCAGUGCUCGCAUUGCUCUCCACUUGCCUGCAUUGAUCUCACGCCUCUCGUUGUUGGGCGCCAAAUUGGCGAGAGCGCGCCAAAUAUUAAACAGUAACUCACGCUAGCCCCGGCAGUAGCUUUUAGGGGGUCGGGUGUUGUUACCUUUUGCUCACGUCUAGGCAUGUGUCUGUGUUUGUAAAUAGUACUUGUACUUGCUUAGUUAUCGGUUCCGCAUUGCGAGCAUUGUACCGUAGCUUCUUCCUCACAAGGUUCAGAGCAACGGCAAACUGUGCGGCUGCAAAGAGUUUUCAGUUAACGCAGAUAUUUCGAGACAUAACGACCGUAGAACGCGACGGCAGAACGCGUUUCAUACGAAGCACAAAAACUAUUUUAUUUUUAUUUUUUAAAUUAGUAAAUGAUAUUAAUUCAAAGAUACUGCAAAGCAAGCAUUGACUGUAGAAUUGAUCUCAACAAAGUGAAGACAAGAAAUACUAGAAAUGUAAUGAAAAAUUUUGGCGUGUAAAACAUGUUAAAAAAUAGCAAAAAGUAAAUAAAAAUAUAAAAAGCGAUCGAGCAAUAUUGAAAACGAAAAAAAAUUAAAAAACAAAAAUACCAAAUUUUUUUACAAUGAUAUUUAUUGUAUAUAUUUUUUUUAAUUGAAAACAUUUUUUUUUUGUUUAUUGUGCCAAAAAACAGUUUGCAAAAUUCUUGCCACUCUAAUAAUAAAUAAAUUUACGCAAAGUAGUGCAGCUGCAAAAUUAUUAUAUUUUUGCUUUGGAAUUGUGUGAAUAUGCUGCUUGCAAUCGGAUAUCGCGUGGGUGGCCAGCUGAAGAAGCGGCUCCUGGCAAAUCUAUUUACAUACAUUCAUACAUAUGAUGUUGUACGACACUUGGAGGCAUUUUUGAUUUGAUUUAUGAGUUUAGAUUUUUUCCUUACUAUUUUUACGUCACACAUACAUACAGCUUUGUUGCAUUUGUGCAUCAUUUUGCCGGUAGAACUAAAAUUGACAAGAUCCAUGUAUAACGGCGAAAUAUAUUUGGUACCGUUCAGUAGUGCAUUUGAUGCUGAGGAAGGUGCAUAGAGUGCUUAAUUACUAUAAAAUAAUAUAUAUAGUAUUGAAGACGUGUAAAAAUUAUUAAAUGUGAAUAAAGAACAGUGCAAAAGAACUAAAACUUUGCGAUUUGCAUAAAAAGCGCUUGUGAUAAAAAACCGAAACAAACCAUAUGUACUAAGAAAAAGAUUCCUACCGAAUCAAAAGACUUGAAAAGAAAGCAAAAAUCGAACUCAACUUGUAUCCAAAGCGCAUACACAGCAAUUAGCAAUGGAUAUUGAUUACCUCGCAUACUUGGAGACCUUUUGGGCUUACUUCCCCUACCUCUUCUACAGCUUUGUCUUCCUCACGCUUAUACCGAAAUCGCUGCGACGCAUCAAAACUUUUACCGACGCUGACUACGAAGCCAACCGUCACAAAUAUCAUCGCUGCUAUGCGCCGGACAUUUGUUGUCAUACAAUGGGAGAAGCGGUGCCCAAGCCGAAACCGCGCAAAGCCGUAACACGCGUCUACCCGAAACGACACAGCACUGCUGGCACCACCGAAGCUUACUACGGCAAACAGGACACGACGCCGACGACGACAGUCAAUCACAUUAAACGACAGGUAGAACCAGCGUCCAUACAAACCAACACACAUGUCAAUCAAAUUGCGAAAAUGUUCGAGAAUGUGCCAACGGUGACGGUGUCACCCGCGCUCUUGGGCAAGAAAAUCAAUCGCGUCACACCAACCAUACAAUCGCAGGAUGAUGCCGACAGCGUUGAAGACGUCGCGCAUGCGUCACCACCACCGCCGAAAUCAACGCUGAAUGCAUCGCGCCUCUCGCAGCUCCUCUCACAGGAGCAACUGGAGAAUUCGCUGAGUUUGUUGCAAGAGACAAACACGGAUGAAGAACAGAAUUGCUGGCGCGACUCACCGCCACGACGCACGAAACGACGCGCCAACGCGCCCCCCACGUUGCAUUACAACGGCGCCGGCACAUCUACAACGCCAUCGACCGCCUCGCCAGUCGCUUCGUCGCCACCCUCCGACUCACCACCAUUAUCCGCCUCGCCGCUCGCCUCAUCGCCGGUGCUCUUCCGUCCGCAACUGAAUAUAAAAUCCAGUUUAGAGGAUAUUUUCGCCGCUAUCGCGCGCAACGCGGAGAAAAGCGAGAAUUUCAUAUAUGCCGGCUGCAAGUCGCUGUCGCCCGUCACCUCCAUCGAUGACAUACUGUCGCAGCGUCGCCUGUCACGUCCGCUCUCCGCUUACUCGAUCAGCGAUCUGUUGAAUGAGGAGAGUAGCGCAGCCAUGGAUGAGGAGCGCGUGGAGAACUUUCUGUCAGUGCUUAACAAGACCUGAACGAGGCGCUAACGCUAGCGCAAGUGCAUGCGGGGCAACGGAAGCGCGCAACUGUUGGAGUCACCAUAUGCAUACCUAUAUGUGUAAAGGCGUGUGUGUAUAUGUGGCGUAUAGAAAUAUAUUUUGAGUGGUUGGGGCUGUGAAGUAGUUUAUGAAAUCAAGGAUGGGUGUGUACUUUUAGUUAGCAUGUGUUUGCUUUCUGACGCGCGCGUGUGUGUGUAUGUAUGCGUAGCGUACUGUAAUAUAUACUGUAUAUGCAUUAGCCUUAAGUUAUAUAGCAUUGUAAAAGUUGACAGACAGCGUUUAGUAGUCGCAGUGAAAUGUCAAAGUGCCAUGCAAGCAAUGUCUCAGCAACAACAACAAUAACAAAAACAGCAAAAGCUGCCGCGACACACAUAACUAUGUACAUAUUAUAUUUUGAGAUUUGUGUGCCGCCAAUGCGCGCCUGGCUGACAAGCGCUCCGGCAAGCAGCUGCAGUUCCAGCGAUGAGUCAGCGCAGCUAAAGCGGACGUCAGUCACAAGUCAGCGUUGAAUUGCGGAAUGCAUAAAAAAAAAAAGAAGUUUCAAUGGAAAAAAUAUAUAAAAAUUUUAGUUUUUGCUAAAAUAUUUUUCUAUGCAAUGCGCCUAGUUGUUGUUGUAGUAUAAUGUGUGAUGCGUCCAGGAAAAACAAAACUGUGAAUAUCCAAUUAAUUUUUAUGACUUUAUUAUUGUGUAACUCUUUGUAUGCGCAUAAAUUGUAAUUUUUAUUACUCACACUGCAGUUACACGUCUAUUUAAAUGAGUACAGUUAUAAGUUCCAGUGUAUGUAUGUAUAUAUGUAUGUGUAGAUAAAGACACAUACAUAUACAUAUUUACUUCAAUUAUUGCAAAAAUAAUUUUAAAUCGCAAAGCAAAACAAAAAAGUAAAAAGUCAACAACAGCAUUUGAACCGUUAUUUACUACUAACCAUUUGGCUACUAAGCCAAUAAAUGCAGGAAGCAAGUCUUUUGCUUGUCUGAAGUCUUAUCUAACUAUAAUUAUCUGUCAACUUAAAUCAUUAAACUAUAGUCUAAUUAAUGCCUUGUCAAUACUUUUACUUUACGCUCGUGUAAGCCAAGCUAAGUGGCGCUGCAUUUGUGCAAUUGCCGGUUAAUUUAAAUAAAUAUGCUUAUUUAAAUUGUAUUUUAUGUAAAUGUUUGAGUAUGAUCUGUACUUAUUAUGUAAUAUUUAUAUGAAUUAUGCAAAUAGCUGAACUAUCUACAUAUACACAUGCAUACAUACAUAUACAUAUGUAUAUAAGUACAUAUAUUUGUUGGCGGAGAUUACAGCGCACUUGUGACGCCUCUUUAUUGCUAGUUUUGUACAUAUGUAUGUGUGUAUUUAUAUAUUUUAUUUGAAACGAAAGUUUAAUGCCAGUAUCUCACGAACGACUAAUAUGUAUAACUUUAACGAUUGUAUAUAUUAUUUUUUUAAUUAAUAAGUAUUAACAAUUUUAUGAAGUGUAAAUAAAUAAACGAACGUAUGCUAUUUUUAGCAAAUCACAAAGUGA